AUGACCCCAGAGAAUGUCACCUGGGCCAAGGCUGCCCCUUCUGAGUUCAUCCUCCUGGGCAUCACAGACCGCUGGGACCUGCGCGUGACCCUCUUCCUGAUCUUCCUGCCCAUCUACCUGGUGAGCCUGCUGGGGAAUGUGGGCAUGGUGCUGCUGAUCUGUGUGGACACCCGGCUCCACACCCCCAUGUAUUUCUUCCUGGCCAACCUCUCCCUGCUGGACGCUUGCUAUUCCUCCGCCAUCGGCCCCAAGAUGCUGGUGGACCUGCUGCUGCCCCACGCCACCAUCCCAUAUGCAGCCUGCGUCCUCCAGAUGUUUGUGUUUGCAGGGCUAGCCGAUGCUGAGUGCUGCCUGCUGGCAGCCAUGGCAUACGACCGCUAUGUGGCCAUCGGAAACCCCCUUCUCUACACAACAUCCAUGUCGCCACGGCUGUGCCUGGCCUUGCUGGGCGCUUCAGGCCUGGGUGGGGCAGUGAGUGCCUUUGUCCACACGACCUUCACCUUCCGCCUUAGCUUCUGCGGCUCUCGGGAGAUCAACAGCUUCUUCUGCGACAUCCCUCCGCUGCUGGCCAUCUCGUGCGAUGACACCAGUCUCAACGAACUCCUCCUGUUCGCCGUGUGUGGCUUCAUCCAGACAGCCACCGUGCUGGCCAUUGUCGUGUCGUAUGGUUUCAUUGCCAGGGCUGUGAUUCGCAUGCGCUCAGCAGAGGGCCGGCGGCGAGCAGCCUCUACCUGUGGCUCCCACCUCACGGCUGUGGCCAUGCUGUACGGGACCCUCAUUUUCAUGUACCUGCGCCCCAGCUCCAGUUAUGCCCUGGACACCGAUAAGAUGGCGUCUGUGUUCUACACCCUGGUCAUCCCUGCUCUCAACCCACUCAUCUACAGCCUCCGAAACAAGGAGGUGAAGGAGGCCUUCAAAAGAACCUGCGGCCGAUUUUGCUCUGUGGGGCGGGGGCACCACUGA